AUGAGCCUACCUAAUCCGAUACUGCAGUGGAAUUCCGGAUAGUUGCAGACAGAUCUCCCGGCUUUGCAAGUGUGUGAUGAGAUACGUUCGAAAUCUCCUUUUUUUUUUUCUAGAGCCCGGUUCCAGGCUGUAGAGCAAGCCGACCUGGGGCUGCGGCCCCUGCCCCACACCCGGCCCGCGCGCCUGGCCCGAGCCCAGCGCAGGACGCAGCCCCUCCAGGGUCGGGGCUGCCGGGGGCCGUUCGGGCUGCGGGCCGCUCUGCAACAGGUCACCCUGACCGCGAGUCCGCGGGUUCGCGGGCGGCCAACUCUGCGGCCAGGCUUCUGGGCGCAGCCACCGGGGCCAGGGGAGGGGGUGUGGCCCGGCUUCUGCUGGUCCUGGCUUAGAGGUCCGGUCGGCUCACCUGAAGGGAGGCUGAGGGGCAGCUGGGCGCCAGAACAGCGCGGGCGGAGGCUGGGGGCUUCCGCCACCCAAGAGGGAGAGCGAGGCGGGUUCAAGGGGUUGCAGCGCCCCCGGCUUCAGGACGGCGCCCCCGAGCGGGGACCACACGGCCGCUCCGACUCCGAGAACCCGCGGCCGAGGGAGGCGCGCCCCCCAGCGCCCUUCUCCCUCAGCCCCAGCUCCGCAGCCCCCUCCCUGCACGCAGGGCGAGCAGCCCCGGGGCCCGCGGCCGGGAGAGCCACACUCCGCAGCGCCGCCGCCGCCAUUCCCCGCGCCGCCCGGGGGGCGCCGCACCCACCGUUCCUCCCUCCCCCGCACCGCCCCGCGGCCUGA